AUGACACAGCCACUUUACCCUUCAGGUCAUCGCAUUCCUACCCUAUUUAAGCAGUGGCCAGGUCAUGGACGCGUGAGAGGAGCGGCGAUGCCGCAUUCGAUUGCAAAGAAUGGGAUCGAAGUAAAUGACGGCCGGUUUGCUGCUCACCCUAACGGCUUUUGUGUCAGCUUACAUGGUUUUUGUCUGUUCCAAGCUGGUAUGUGA